AUGUGUCUUUUAGUUUAUGGUGUUUCUAAAUGUACCAAUAGAUAUAAGUAUACCCAACAUACCAUUUACAACCAGACAAAUGCUCUAUUUACAAACUAUUUUCAACGCAGGUCCAUUUCAUACCCGCGCUCAAAAACGUUCUUCUAUUCCAAAACCCCAAACACAAUUUCUUCCCUGAAGAAACUCAUCCCUUCACAAACCACCGCCAUGAAAUCAAACCAAGAACUCGCUCAAACAAUCGCCAAAACCCUAGUCGACUCAGGCCUCCAACACCUCAAAACCUCCUCCCCUUCUCUCCUCUCCAAUCUCAACCCCCACAUUACCAACCUCGUCCUCUCCGACCCACUCGUCCCACCCCACACUUGCUUAACCCUCUUCAACUUCCUCCGACGAAACCCUUCUCUCAAAUCCCACAGACCCAAUCUCCAAGCCCACCUCACCCUCUUCUGCCGCCUCCACGAAGCCAACCGAUUCGCCCAAAUGAAAAACGUCGUCAGUGCCAUUCUCAACAACGACCGUCUCCGCCGCCCAUUUCCCGGCGUCGUUUCUAUAAUCGAGAACGGGUUUUAUAAACCCUACUCGGUUGAAAAGCUCUGUGACAUGCUGUUAUGUGUUUAUGCAAACAAGAACAUGUUCGAAGAGGCUGUUGGUGUUUUUGACUAUGUUUACAACAAUGGGCUUAAGAUCGAAGAAAGAUCAUGCUUCGUGGUUUUACUGGGUUUAAAGAAGUGUAACAGAAUUGAUGAGUGUUUGAGUUUCUUUGAUCGAAUGGUCGGAAGGGGUUUAGUGACGGUUUACUCAAUGACUUUGGUGAUCAAUGAGCUUUGCAAGAGAGGAGAGUUCGAGAGGGCCAAGAGUUUGAUGGGUGAAAUUGGCGGGAGAGGAACUGAGGCUAAUGCGUAUACGUAUAACACGAUGGCGAGAGCUUAUAUUGAAAGGAAGGAUUUCGAUGGGGCUAGUGAGGUGCUGAGGUUGAUGAGGAGGAACAAUGUGGAGUAUAAUGUGGCGACGUACACGCUUUUGAUUGAUCGGUAUGGGAGUUGUGGGCAGAUUGGGGAUGUAGAGAAGGUGUUUGAUGAAAUGCGUGAGAGAGGGGUCGAGCCGGAUGUGUAUGUUUAUACUUCGAUGAUUAACUGGAGCUGUAGAGGUGGGGAUUUGAAAAGGGCGCUGUUUCUGUUUGAUGAAAUGACUGAAAGAGGGCUUGUUCCGAAUGAGCACAGUUACGGCGCGUUGAUUAAUGGGGCGUGUAAGGCAGGGCAGAUGGAGAUGGCAGACAUUUUGGUGAAAGAGAUGCAAGGUAAAGGGAUUGGGGUGAACCGAGUUGUAUUUAACACACUGAUUGAUGGGUACUGCAGAAAGGGGAUGAUAGAUGAAGCUCAGCGGUUUCGGGAUUUCAUGGAAAAGAAAGGGUUGAAGGGUGAUGUGUAUACGUACUGCAAUAUAGCUAGGGGGUUGUUUAAAGCGAAUAGGAAUGAGGAGGCAAAGAUGACCUUGUUGACUAUGGCAGAAAGAGGUGUGGCUCCAAAUUCGGUGUGCUUCACUACUCUGAUAGACAUAUAUUGCAAGGAAGGCGACUUUGCCGAAGCAAAGCGGGUACUUGAGGAGAUGGAAAGGAAAGGAGAGAGACCUAAUAAUAUUACAUUCAAUGCUCUAAUUGAUGGGCAUACCAAGAGAGGCAAAAUGAAGGAUGCAUAUAAGAUGAAAGAGGAGAUGGAAGACAAGGGAUUGGUGGCAGAUGAAUAUGUAUAUUCAUCCCUCAUACAUGGUGAAUGUGUUGCUGGCAACAUUGAUGCGGCCCUGACAUUGUUUGAUGAAAUGCCCCAGAGGGGUUUAACUCGUAACGUAGUCACAUACACGGUAAUCAUUUCGGGGUUGUCCAAGUUGGGAAGAAAAGAAGAAGCUUUCAAAUUGUAUGAAGACAUGAAAAACUCAGGCAUCAUACCUGAUGACAGGGUAUAUCGUUCACUUGUACAAGGUCUAUAUACAGACGAGUCUGGCUCUAUGAUAGAUGAGUAGCACUCUGGCUGGUGGCAAUUGGGUGCGGUGUUAUGACAUGUCUGAAGUGACAAUAGUACGGUAUCAGGUAGCUCCCGGCUAGAAAGGGUCCGAGUCUGCUUCAUCUUCAGGGCAAUAUGUCACGCAUUCUAAAUUUAUCCUGUGCUAAUGAAAGGAAGGGAGCUUUGCUGGAGAUUUCAGAAACGUCUGCAAACCUUUAAUGGUUACUCUUUUAGUGUCUUAUCAUCUACUGAGGUUAUUUUUUUCAGUUGCUU